AUGUCAUCGGAAGAACCCCAUGCAUCUAUAUCCUUUCCAGAUGGCUCACAUGUCCGGUCGUCCUCCACUGGUACUUCAUCUGUGAACACAAUCGAUGCUACCUUAUCCAGACCGAACUAUAUUAAGAAACCGUCCCUGCACAUUAUGUCGACAUCUACGACGUCGACUACGACGGAUCUAGUGACAAACCCAAUUCUGAGCAAUAUCUCCGUGCCAAAAAUAAGCCCCCCCACAUCAUCCUCGAUAGCAACAGCGACAUCAACAAGUCACGUGACCGGCACUGCGUCGCAUUCGAACAUUAAAGCUAAUGCUAACACUAGUACCAGCGUGAAUAAGAAAAAUUUGCCGCCAACAACUAGUGGGAGGAUACCCUCUAGCACCAUCAAGAGAUAUCCGAGUCGCUAUAAGCCUUCUCACUCGCUGCAGCUGCCCAUUAAGAACGACUCCAACUUUAAACGAUCUAGCAUAUAUGCCUCCAAAUCCACUGUUACUGCUAUCCCCAUUAGGAACAAUCGGCCAAUUUCCAUGCAGAAUUCCUAUGCGCGCACUCCUGACAGCGAUCAUGACGACGUUGGCGAUGAAGUGUCUUCGAUAAAGAGUGCCUCUUCUUCGUUGACCGCAUCCCUGUCCAAGAGUUUCCUGUUCGCAUUUUAUAACAACCGCAAGAAGGACAAGACCAGUAACAAUGGUGUCCUCUCAAAGGAAUAUUGGAUGAAGGACGAGAGUUCUAAAGAAUGUUUCAGUUGUGGUAAAACGUUUAACACUUUCAGAAGGAAACACCACUGCAGGAUAUGCGGCCAAAUUUUUUGCAGCAGUUGCACUCUCUUGAUAGAUGGUGAUCGAUUCGGCUGUCAUGCCAAGAUGCGAGUAUGUUACAAUUGUUAUGAGCAUGCAGACACAUACGAGGACUCCAGUGAUGAAGAGAAUGAUUCUACAAUGCAAUUGAAUGAGCCAAGGUCUCGCUCUCGCUCUCGUUCUUCCAAUACCAAUCCAUAUUCUCAUUCACAUUCGCAUUUGCAUCUCAUUUCACAGGACAACCAUAACGGUACCGAUCUCCAUGAUCCAGUAGCAGCAACGGAUAACCCUCAACAGCAGAAUGAGGUCUACCUAUUAAAUGACGAUGACGUACAAAGUAUAAUGACCUCAGGUGAAGAUUCUAAAUUGUUCAUUUCUACACCCCCACCACCACCGAAGAUGGCCAUCCCAGCAACAAAGCAAGGCGGAUCGCUGGAAAUCUCAUUCGAUUCGGAAAACGAUAGGGCUUUGCAUUAUCAAGAUGACAACCCCGGUCGCCAUCAUCACCUCGAUUCCGUGCCCACAAGGUACACUAUCAGAGAUAUGGACAAUAUAUCACAUUACGAUACCAACUCUAAUUCCACUUUGAGGCCACAUUAUAACACCAAUAACAGCACUAUUACCAUCAACAACCUCAACAACACUACUUCCAACAACAGCAACUAUAACAAUACCAAUAGCAACAGCAACAUCAAUAAUCCUGCGCAUUCCUUAAGAAGGUCUAUUUUCCAUUAUGUAAGCAGCAAUAGUGUUAACAAGGACAGUAACAAUAGCUCUGCAACACCCGCUUCGUCUGCACAGUCUUCUUCCAUACUGGAUCCUGCCAAUCGUAUUAUCGGGAAUUAUGCUCAUAGAAAUUACAAGUUUAAAUUCAACUACAAUUCCAAAGGUCCUUCGCAACAAAAUGACACGGCAAAUGGAAAUAAUGAUAAUAAUAAUAAUAAUAAUAAUAAUAAUAAUAAUAAUAAUAAUAACAGUGCCAGCGGUAUUGCUGACAACAAUAACAUUCCCUCAAACGACAAUGGCACGACGUUCACUCUAGAUAAGAAGAAAAGAAACCCACUGACAAAAUCUAAAUCUACGUCCGCUUACCUAGAAUAUCCUCUAAACGAGGAAGACUCUUCUGAGGACGAAGGUUCCAUGUCCAUAUAUUCUGUAUUGAAUGAUGACCAUAAAACUGACAAUCCAAUUAGAUCAAUGAGGAACUCCACAAAAUCUUUUCAACGAGCGCAAGCUUCACUACAGCGGAUGAGGUUUAGAAGGAAAAGUAAAAGCAAGCAUUUUCCCAACAAUUCGAAAAGUUCCAUUUAUAGAGACUUAAAUUUCUUGACCAAUAGUACUCCCAAUUUACUUUCUGUAGUAAGCGACGAUAAUCUAUACGACGAUUCUUCUCCUUUGCAAGACAAGGCCUCUUCAUCCGCUGCAAGCAGACUCACUGACAGAAAAUUCAGCAAUAGCAGUGGCAGCAAUAAUAAUAGCAAUAGUAAUAGCAAUAUCAACACCGAUCCUUGGAAGAGAAUCGCUAGUAUAUCGGGAUUCAAACUGAAAAAGGAAAAAAAGAGAGAAUUAAAUGAAGUCUCUCUUUUACAUAUGCAUGCCCUAUUAAAACAAUUAUUGAAUGAUCAAGAAAUUUCCAAUCUUCAAGAAUGGAUAACCCUUCUAGAUGGCGCUUUGCGUAAAGUUUUAAGGACCAUCCUGAACGCGAGGGAUUUGAACACAUUAGAUUUUAGACAAACUUACGUUAAGAUAAAAAGAAUUAGUGGUGGAUCUCCUCAAAAUUCAGAAUAUAUCGACGGGGUUGUCUUUUCGAAAGCAUUGCCGUCGAAAACAAUGCCACGGCAUUUGAAAAACCCAAGGAUACUAUUAAUCAUGUUUCCACUGGAGUACCAAAAGAACAAUAACCACUUUCUAAGUAUAGAGUCCGUCUUUAGGCAAGAGCGCGAAUAUUUGGAUAAACUUGUUUCGAGAUUAAAGUCAUUACAUCCUGAUAUUAUAUACGUCGGCGCCAAUGUUAGUGGGUACGCGUUAGAACUAUUAAAUGACUCAGGCAUUGUCGUACAGUUUAAUAUGAAACCACAAGUCAUUGAAAGAAUUGCCAAGCUAACAGAAGCAGAUAUUGCCAUUUCUGUGGAUAAGUUGGCUACGAAUAUUAAGAUGGGUGAAUGUGAAACUUUUGAAGUUAAAAGCUACAUUUAUGGAAACAUCAGUAAAACAUAUACAUUUCUUCGGGGCUGUAACCCAGAACUUGGUGGAACAAUUUUGUUAAGAGGUGAUAGUCUUGAAAACUUGAGAAAAAUCAAACAAGUCUCUGAAUUUAUGGUCUACGCAAUUUUUUCAUUGAAGUUGGAAAGUUCAUUUUUUAACGAUAAUUUCAUACAACUUUCUACAGAUGUUUAUUUGAAGAGAGCUGAAUCCAAAAAACUGCAAGUUUUCGAAGGUUAUUUUGCAGAUUUCUUGAUCAAAUUCAAUAACAGGAUUUUGACUGUAUCACCAACGGUAGAUUUCCCCAUUCCCUUUUUAUUGGAAAAAGCCAGAGGCUUGGAAAAGAAGCUCAUAGAAAGGAUCAAUCAAUAUGAAAGCGAAUCUGAUUUAGAUCGGCAAACGCAACUAAAUAUGCUUCAAGGCUUAGAAUCGACUAUCACUAAGAAACACUUAGGAAAUUUAAUAAAAUUCCUGCAUGAAAUGGAAAUUGAAAAUUUAGAGCUUGAGUUUCAGAAGAGAAGUCGUCAAUGGGAGGUUUCAUAUUCAUCAUCACAGAACUUACUUGGUACGGGCUCACACCAGUCUAUAACAGUUCUCUACUCAAUGGUUUCAACAAAGACUGCCACACCUUGCGUUGGCCCUCAAAUUGUUACUAUUGACUAUUUUUGGGACAGUGAUAUUUCCAUUGGUCAGUUUAUCGAGAACGUCGUGGGAACUGCCAGGUAUCCCUGCCAACAAGGCUGUAAUGGUCUGUAUUUGGAUCAUUAUAGAAGCUAUGUUCAUGGGUCAGGAAAAGUAGACGUUUUAAUCGAAAAAUUCCAAACUAGAUUACCAAAAUUAAAAGAUAUUAUCCUCACGUGGAGUUAUUGUAAAAAAUGUGGGACAUCUACUCCGAUUUUACAAAUUAGCGAAAAAACCUGGAAUCAUUCUUUCGGUAAAUAUUUAGAAGUCAUGUUUUGGAGUUACAAAGAUAGCGUGACAGGAAUUGGGAAAUGUCCUCAUGAUUUCACUAAAGAUCAUGUCAAAUACUUUGGUUACAAUGAUUUAGUGGUUCGACUAGAAUAUUCUGAUUUAGAAGUUCAUGAAUUGAUAACCCCACCACGCAAAAUAAAAUGGAAACCUCAUAUCGACAUCAAACUGAAGGUGGAACUAUACUAUAAGAUUCUGGAAAAGAUCAAUAAUUUCUAUGGGAGUGUCCUAAGUCGGUUGGAACGUAUUAAAUUGGAUAGUAUGACUAAAGAUAAAGUUCUUAGUGGACAAGCUAAAAUUAUCGAAUUGAAGAGCAAUGCUACAGAGGAGCAAAAAUUAAUGUUGCAAGACCUGGAUACUUUUUACGCAGAUAGUCCUUGCGAUCAACAUUUACCAUUGAACCUGGUUAUCAAAUCUCUAUACGAUAAGGCUGUAAAUUGGAACUCUACAUUUGCGAUAUUUGCAAAAAGCUAUUUGCCUUCUGAAACUGAUAUUAGUCGUAUCACGGCCAAGCAGCUGAAAAAACUGUUUUACGAUUCUUCAAGAAAAGACAGCGAAGACAAAAAAUCACUUCAUGAUGAAAAGGCGAAGACGAGGAAACCAGAAAAGAACGAAUUACCGUUAGAGGGAUUGAAAGAUGUCGAAAAGCCGAAAAUUGAUAGCAAGAAUACGACAGAGAAUCGUGACAGAACGAACGAACCACAGAAUGCCGUGACGAUAACCACUUUUAAAGACGACACUCCAAUUAUUCCAACAAGUGGUACUAGUCACUUGACAGUUACACCUUCUGCAUCGUCGGUUUCUUCUUCUUUGACCCCUCAAACCGAAGAACGUCCGCCAAUAAGCAGAAGUGGAACAGGUAUAUCUAUGACUCAUGAUAAAAGCACUAGACCUAACAUAAGAAAAAUGAGUAGUGAUAGUAGUUUAUGUGGACUAGCAUCACUUGCUAAUGAAUAUAGUAAAAAUAAUAAGGUGAGUAAGCUAGCUACAUUUUUCGAUCAAAUGCAUUUUGAUGCCCUGUCGAAAGAAUUUGAACUGGAACGUGAAAGGGAAAGAUUACAACUUAAUAAGGAUAAAUACCAAGCCAUACGAUUACAAACAUCCACACCAAUUGUGGAAAUUUAUAAAAAUGUCAAAGACGCAGUUGAUGAACCGCUUCACUCUAGAAGUUCAGGCAAUAAUUUGUCAUCUGCGAAUGUUAAGACUUUGGAGGCACCUGUGGGAGAACAUUCCCGGGCCAAUAAUUGUAAUCCUCCUAAUUUAGAUCAAAACUUGGAAACUGAAUUAGAAAAUUCCAUUAGCCAAUGGGGAGAAAACAUUUUGAACCCCUCUGGAAAGACCACCGCAAGUACUCAUUUAAAUUCUAAGCCAGUAGUAAAGGAAACUUCAGAAAAUCCAAAGUCAAUAGUUAGAGAAUCAGAUAAUUCAAAGUCGGAGCCGCUUCCACCUGUAAUAACAACAACAACUGUCAAUAAGGUAGAAUCCACUCCACAACCUGAAAAAUCAUUAUUGAUGAAAACCUUGAGCAACUUUUGGGCAGAUCGAUCUGCGUAUUUGUGGAAACCCCUUGUUUAUCCAACCUGUCCUUCGGAACACAUUUUUACUGAUAGUGACGUUAUAAUCCGCGAAGAUGAACCAAGUUCCUUGAUCGCAUUUUGCUUAAGUACUUCUGACUAUAGAAAUAAAAUGAUGAACUUGAAUGUCCAGCAACAACAGCAGCAGCAAACAGCAGAAGCUGCUCCUGCCAAAACAGGAGGAAACAGUGGAGGAACUACGCAAACCGGGGAUCCUUCUGUUAACAUUUCUCCCUCAGUUUCUACAACUUCUCAUAAUAAGGGGAGGGACUCAGAAAUUUCAUCCUUAGUAACCACCAAAGAGGGCUUGUUGAACACCCCUCCCAUUGAAGGCGCCCGAGAUAGGACCCCACAAGAAUCACAAACGCAUUCCCAAGCAAAUUUAGAUACUCUUCAAGAAUUAGAGAAAAUUAUGACAAAAAAAACAGCCACACACUUGAGAUAUCAAUUUGAGGAGGGUUUAACGGUAAUGUCAUGUAAAAUUUUCUUCACAGAACAUUUUGACGUGUUUAGAAAGAUUUGUGAUUGUCAAGAAAACUUCAUUCAAAGUUUGUCAAGAUGUGUUAAAUGGGAUUCCAAUGGGGGGAAAAGUGGGAGCGGGUUUUUAAAGACUUUGGAUGAUAGAUUUAUUAUAAAGGAGCUGUCACACGCAGAACUGGAAGCCUUCAUAAAAUUUGCACCAAGUUAUUUUGAAUACAUGGCACAAGCAAUGUUCCAUGAUUUGCCCACGACUUUGGCUAAAGUAUUUGGGUUUUAUCAAAUUCAAGUAAAAAGCUCUAUUUCAAGUUCCAAAAGUUAUAAAAUGGACGUUAUCAUUAUGGAGAACUUAUUUUAUGAGAAGAAAACAACAAGAAUAUUUGAUUUGAAGGGUUCCAUGAGAAAUAGACAUGUCGAACAAACAGGUAAAGCUAAUGAAGUGUUGUUGGAUGAAAAUAUGGUAGAGUAUAUUUACGAAUCACCUAUUCAUGUUCGCGAAUAUGACAAGAAACUUUUAAGAGCUUCUGUUUGGAACGACACAUUAUUUUUGGCCAAAAUGAAUGUGAUGGAUUAUUCCUUAGUCAUUGGUAUUGACAAUGAAGGGUAUACUUUGACAGUAGGAAUCAUUGAUUUCAUUCGAACGUUUACAUGGGACAAAAAACUAGAAAGUUGGGUCAAAGAGAAAGGCCUAGUAGGGGGGGCCAGUGUGAUCAAGCAGCCUACCGUUGUUACACCAAGACAAUAUAAAAAACGUUUUAGGGAAGCAAUGGAGAGGUAUAUUUUGAUGGUUCCUGAUCCGUGGUAUAGGGAAGGAAAUUAA